GAACGUGUUUUCCCCCUCAGCAGGGCUUCAGCUUAAAAGGAAGGAAAUAAUGCAACGCCUGUGCCAAGCCAGAUUACAGCGGUUAUAGGAUCAGGAGGACAUUCCAGGAUGGCUGAAUUGAAGGCAGAGGGUGAUGGAGCACAACGUCCCGCAGACAUCAAGAGCUGGUCUACAGAACAUGUCAGAAGGUGGACUCUUGACCUGAAAAUCAUAGAUGAAGAAUCUGCUAAUAUAUUGCAACAGCAAAAAGUUAACGGAGAGAGUCUUUUGCUUUUAGAGAAGUCUGAUUUGAUCGAUGCAGGUAUUCCAUUGGGUCAUGCAAAACUGAUUAUUCACAAAAGGGAUGAGCUUGUGAAAAUGAAAGCAGACCUGCUGAAUGAUCCAGAGGUUCAAGCAGGAGGUCCAUGUAAGCCUUACCCUUUCAAUCGAUUCCAUGAAGCUUACAGAUACAGAAUUAACAGCUGUCUUGACAUACCAGAGUCAGGGGCACUGGAUUUGAUUGAGCCAUGUCACGAGUUUAAAUCAUUCAUUAAUGCAGCCAAGAGACCACAGGAGGAACAAAUGGAAAAAUUCACAAAGGAAGUCAAGCGUUUUGCUGCAGCUUGUAUGAACAGCCGCACAAAUGGGACCAUUCACUUUGGUGUAGGAGACCAGCAGGACGGCUUUAAACAUGGUCAGAUUCUGGGGUUUAGUGUAGAAGAUAAAGAGUCAUUUGGUACAGCCUUACAUUACAUGAUUGAUGGUCACUUUGAACACAAACAUGUGGAUGCAGCAAAGAAAUGCAUCAAGCCACCUCGGUUUGUUGAAGUCCUUCAGCCUGACACAACCUCAUCAGAAACUUAUGUUGUGGAAGUGGAUAUAGAACCAACAUUUUCUGUCUGUGCAGAGAACCUCUACCAUGUCUACAGUGUGGACAAACGCAAGUCACGGAGAAGUAAAGGCAAGGAUCACAAGGAAGAUGCAAAGGAGUGCAAGUCUUUCUACAUCCGAGACAACAGCAGCACCAAAGAUCUGCUUCUGCCAAACACUCAGUUCAAGCCUCUGGAACAGUACAACAGAUACACACACAAUUUGGAGAACCUGGCCAAGCAAAGAAAAGAAGCUGAGGCAAAACACCUUGCUGUUGUCAGAAACAGCGUCCAGGGUUCCCAAUUAUGUGAAAUGAUAACUGGCGGAUCCCAUUCUUUGGACAAGUCCCGUUUUGAAAGGUACAUCCUUGUAACCAAUAAAUCACACCCAGUCCAACUUGACUCUUUGAGUUUUCUUCAAGACAUGAACCUUACUGCAGUCUUGGACUUUGACCCAGAGUCUUCACAAAAAGGGUUAAAGAAUUUCUUUCAAGACCAAAACACAAACGCCCAUUCUCCAGCACAGUACAGAAUCACUGAAGCAGUCGAGGACAUUGCAAGCAAGCUGAAACUUACCAGAAUCACCAGUUGGAUAUUUUGCAAUGGUGGAAUAAACAAAGAGGAGCCUUCAGACAUGAGUUCCUGGUCAACAGAGAAGGGUGCCUCAGUUCGAGAUGUAGUCUCUUUUUUGUGUCGAGGGGAAGUCCUACCCCCUAGAAGAUUCCUUGUCAUAUUCCUACUGCUCUCAGAUGUCACUGAUAGUAAAGACCCCUUACUGGAGACAUUUAAUACAUUCCGACAAGAGCUUAGAGGGCUAGACCAAAUCCUGUGUAUCUGUGAGAAUAGUCGUUCUUUUAUUUCUUGGAAGCAGCUCAUCGAAGCUCGAUAUGGAGAAGACAUCGAAGACAGAUGCAUUUCUGAUCUCAGUUUUGCUGAAAUUAACGGCACUGUUCUUAGUCUGUGGUCUGCCAACAGACGCUCAAGCAGGUUUUUAACCUGUGGUGGAGGCAGUAAAGUUCUGUUAACAAAGAAAAUGGAGGGCUGUUUAGACACCUUGGACAUACUUUGCGUCAAUCAGUGUGAGGGUGGCAAUGAAGACAAGCUUUCAAUUCAGGAGAGUUUUUACAAAGGCGGGAAGGUAUCAUGGUGGAACUUCUACUUCUCUGAGGAACCUGGGUCUACACCCUUCAUCAAACGGGACAAAUUUGAUUACAUAACAGGCACCAUCAUUCCAGAUCUGUGCUCGUUGACAAGCCCUUGUGUACUGUUCAAUAUCAUGCAUCUCCCAGGCUGUGGUGGCACCUCUCUGGCAAUGCACAUUUUGUGGACACAGAAGGACAAGUUCCGCUGUGUUGUUCUAAAGGACAGAGCAGCAGAUCCAGAUGAAGUUGCCAAGCAGGUGGUGCAGCUGUUGACCUAUGAAACAGCAGAGCCAGCUACCAGGACCCCCGUGUUACUGAUGGUCGAUGAUUUUGAAGAAAGGGAUGCUGUGUACAGCCUUCAGCAGAGCAUUGGUAAAGCAUGUCCAAAGACCAGUGCUGCUAACAGUGCCCAAGUAAUUAUCCUUAAUUGCAUGAGAACUGAAUUCUGGGAUCAGUAUGACAUGGCCUCAAACACUGUCUUCAUUGGGAAUGAGUUAUCUGAGAAUGAACAAAAACUCUUCCAAAAGAAGCUUGAGGAAAUAGAAAAGAUCUAUAAGAAUGCUGACACUUUCUAUGGUUUCAUGAUCUUAAAGAAGAACUUCUCACCAGAGUACAUCAAAGGAGUCGCUAAAAACACCCUGAAAAGCUUCAACAUCAACCAUAAGGAAGCACAGCUCAUUGCUGUGAUGGUUCUUCUGCUCUUCUACUGCAAAAAUGCAUCCCUUUCUGUCUCUCUGUGUGAAGCUUUUCUAGGUCUUCAAACAAAGGAGAGGCCUGAAUCAUCUAAAGUACUAGAUGGUUUUGGAAAAUUUUCCACACUUGUGACUCGUUACCCCGUCCGAGACAAGGUGGUUUUUGAAGCUGUGAAAAUAAUUCAUCGAAGCAUGGCUGAGCAUUGUUUAGAAGAGUUGACUAUCAACCACAACAUAUCAAAAGCAGAGAUCACCAACCUUCUGUUGACCACAGAGAAGUUUUAUGAUUGUGUUCAAGGAAAAGACAAACUUCUUCAAGAUGUCCGUGCCAUGCUGGUUCGAAGAAAUCACACGACAGAGGCUGAAGAUUCAAGGUUCUCUCCACUUCUUCAGGCUAUUAUCAAGGAUACACCAGGUUCUGAAGAGACAGUCCUGUACAAUGCAGCAAAGCGCUUCGAAAAGGAUGCAAUUGUCUCUCAAUUACUUGCCCGAUACCACUGCCUGAAGAAAAGGGAUUUCAGGGAAGCAAAGGACUGGGCACGAAAGGCAAAAGAUCUUGACAGAGACAGCUCAUACAUUGCAGACACUUCUGCACAAGUCAUCAAGCAUGAACUGAGGAAUGCCACUGAGUCAAAUUCAGAUGAUCCCAUUAAACCUGAACAGCUGAGAGACUACCUUCACAUGGCCAUCUCUGCCUCAGAAGCUUUCAAAGACACUCAAGUUAUUGCCAAGAAAGAAGUUGCCCUGAGAUCUCAAAUCAGGAAAGACUACAGUCCCUACAACUGUAGUGGCCGUCAUGGAGAAAUUCAGGUGGCAGUGAUGAUUAUUGAAAUCCUUGAGAAAAUUCCAGUGUUUUCCCUUGACAAAGUAAGGCGAGCCAUACUAAGCCAUUUUCUGUCAGGCCAGUUAACGAUUCAAAACAUUAUGCAAACUGAUCCCAUGAAACAUAAGCAUGCAUCUUACUACCAUGUCCUACAGAACUUUGAAUCAUUUCUGAAGAACAUUAAGGACAACAUGAGGAGGCAAUUUGAUUUCCUUGACAGUUUUUUCAUCAACCUCCAGCCAUUUUUCUCACAGAAGGAUGUAAGAGAAGAGCGAACAAGGAAGGAACUCUUGAAGAGUUUCCACAAAUAUGUGGACCUUUUUUGCAAAACAGAUCCCCAUGAGUUGAUGAUGAACAAAAACAUACCAACCGUGUUCAAGUGCAGGCAGUUCCUGGAAAUGAACAAAGCAGAUACCCAUUCUGGAAUUCUGGAAUAUCUCUCAGCGAAUAACCCUCAGCCUUUGGAGAACAUUGUUCAGCGGUAUAUGUAUCUGUACACACACAACUACGCUAACUUGAGAGAUGCUGUCAACUACAUUUAUGCCAGUGUAGUGCUUGCGUGUGUGUGGCCACAGUCUAAGCAUAUUCUCAAAUACAUGGAACUUCUUCAAAUACUUAGCCAAGUUCUAUCCUCGCAGGUCCCACACGCAGACACUUUAGCAGUGCACUUCAUUGCUUCAGUUGUCCUGUGGCCGGAGAACAACCCAUUGUUCUGUGACAAACUUUCACAGAAGUUGGGAACCUACUUGUCACAACUGAAGAGCACAUUCUCAAAUGAAAUGCAAUCGAUGGAGCAUGGAAAAAAACCUGCCGUCCACUUCUACUUAGGCCAAAAGCCUGGCUAUGGCCGCUUGGUCAGCCAUGGACACCUUUCCAAGAAUUGGAGCCCUGAGUAUUUCAACAAUGGACAAAUAUGGAGGGAGGAAAGUGUCAGAAGGAAUCUACAGAGGGUCCAAGGAGUAGUUCAGAGGAAUUUCAUUUUGGCAGACACCUGUAACCCAAGCGUGAAAGUCGAGGUCCUCCCCCAGUACCUGACCCAUCUGAAAGGGAAAGAGCAAAAGCCAGUGACGUUCUACAUCGGAUUCACCAUGAAGGGUCCUGUCGCUUUUGACAUUCAAGAAGUGAUUUGGCAUGGUGGUAGAUGUGUAUCCCAACGCUAUUGAGAGAGAACUGCCAACCGCAUAUCACAAAACAUGACGCACAUUCACAACCAACACUCACAAAGUCAGUAUACAAUAUAUCAUCAAAAGGGGAUGAAUCUAGGGACGGGAAAGGCUUUCUAGUACUUGCAAGUUGUAGUAGUCUGAUUUUUCCUGCAGUCAAAUCUUGUCCAAGCUGUGGAGCUUUCCAUUUUUACUCAAUUUUAGCACAUGUCAAGUACUGAAAUCUACAUGUAACAAUAAGAUUUGGUUUUGCAGUAACACUUAAAAGUAAUACUUUGUACUUUUGUUAUGAUGGUCUGUGUUAUUGUUUUCAUUUGUCUUUUCCAUUUCACUAUGGCUUGACUUGUCAACGAUAUAACUGCAAUUGAAACGGCCUCAUUCCCUUGCCUCACUUCAAGUUAAUUUACUAUACUGGGUAGUGCUGCUUACAACUAUUUGAAUGCAUUAUGUUUAAGUCUUUCUGUCAUGUUUUCAAACAAAUCUUGUACAAGCAGUAAUGCUUUCAGUUUUUUCACUCCAUUUUAGUAUUCAUUUCUUAUUACGUCAAAUCCAUAUGCCAUGAUAUAUUUAGGAACCACCAGAAAUGUUCUUUACAUCUGGUAAAUAGUUGUUCAUUAUUUUUUUUUUCUCUAUAACUUGACCUCAGACUUUUAUUUACAUAUUUACAUUUAUACACACCUGGGUUAAGUAAAAAUCAACAUGCAACAAGCUAGCAGUAUGAUUUGUUUUACCAGUAGCACUUUUACGUGAUAUACUAUUGUACCUCUGUUGGGAUGGUCUAUGUUUUCGUUUUCAUUUAUCUUUUCCAUUCUGUUCCAUUUUAUUUGUCUUUUCCAUUCUGCUUUGAAUUGAGGUGUCAAGCAAGUUACUGCUAUUGACACAGUGUCAUUCCCUUGCCUCACUUCAAGUUACCGUACUGUACUGUAUGCACUGGAGUGUGCUGCUUAAAAGUAUUAAGGCAUUAUGUUAAAAUCCUUUUCUUUCAUAUUUUCAAGCAAAUCGUAUAUAAGCUGUAAUGCUUUAUGUUUUCACUCCAUUAUUUUACUAAUUUCUUAUUACACCAAAUGUCCAUACACCAUGAUACAUUAAGGAACCACCAGAAAUGUUCUUACAUCUUUUCUUUGAUGUUUUUAUAACUUUACUUCAGAUUUGUUACACUUAAACACAAUUGU